GGUGAGGCCCCGGCAUGGCGGAGCCGGCGGAGGAGACGCUGCUGUACGUGGAGCACCGCUACGUCUGCUCGGAGUGCAGCCAGCUCUACGGCUCCCUGGAGGAGGCGCUGCUGCACCAGCAGAGCCACCUGGGCCCGGAGCAGCACUAUGAGGUGGUGGGGCUGGCGGGCGAGGCCGAGGCCGGGCUGUACCAGGCGCUGGCCGUGCAGGAGAGCAGCCAGUACCAGUGCCUGGAGUGCGGGCAGCUGCUGCUCUCGCCCGGCGAGCUCCUCGAGCACCAGGAGCUGCACCUCAAGCGGCUGAGCCAGGAGCCGGAGGCGCCCGCCAAGCUGCCGGCCUCCAGCCAGAUCCACUAUGAGUGCGUGGAGUGCAAGGCGCUGUUCCUCAGCCAGGAGGUGUGGCUGGCUCACCGGCAGGCCCACCGCGCCCCCCCGGAGCCUCCCGCCCCCGAGGCGGCCCCCACCGGCCAGAGCCAGGCGCUGGUGGACCUGGAGCACUCGUACCGCAAGCCGGAGGAGGCGGCGGCGGCGGCAGCGGGGGCGGACGGCUGCGCUGUACAGCUGCUGCUCUACGAAUGCGGCGAGUGCUUGCAGCUCUUCCAGACGCCCAAGGACUUCCUGGAGCACCAGGCCACGCACCUGGGCGCUGCGCCCGCCGGGGAGCUGGCAGAGCCGCCCGCCUGCCCGGCAGAGCCCCCCCAACCGGCGCCGGCGGGCGUGCUGAACGGAGCUGCGCCCGCCCCCUCGGAGCCCAGCAUCACCGCCAGCGACCACAGCUACGAGCUGAAGAAUGGGCCUGAGGAGGCGGCGGCCGCGCCGCGCCGGCCCAAGCGGGGCGGCCAGGAGCCCUGGUGCGCCGAGUGCCAGCAGCCCUUCCCCUCGGCACACCAGCUCCAGCUGCACCUGCAGUGCCACCGGCAGGGCGCCUUCCAGUGCCCACUCUGCAGCAAGGUGCUGGCCACCCCGCUGGCCCUGCGGCAGCACCGGAGCGAGCACAGCGGCGAGUCGCGCUACCUGUGCAUGGACUGCGGCCUGGCCUUCGACACCGAGGCCGUGCUGCUGGCCCACCGGCGCGGCCACUCCCCCAACCCCCUGCACCGCUGCGCCUGCGGCAAGGCCUUCCUCAACAUGACCAAGUUCCUGUACCACCGCCGCUCCCACGGCCCCCUGCCGCCCCCCCCGCCGGAGCCGCCCCUGCCCGCCCCCCCAGAGCCCCCGCCCGCCCCGCCGGCGCCCAAGAAGCCGGACGACGUUGUGCCGCUGGCCAUCAUCUACUCGGUGGAGAACGCGGAGGCCAACGGGCCCAGCUUCCGCUGCCUGAUGUGCAGCAAGGUCUUCUCCAAGCACCUGCAGCUGGUGCGGCACCAGCGCUUCGUGCACAAGCUGGAGCGGCGCCACAAGUGCCAGACCUGCGGCAAGAUGUUCAAGAAGAAGUCGCACGUCCGCAACCACCUGCUGACCCACACGGGCGAGCGCCCCUUCCACUGCAAGGAGUGCGGCAAGAGCUUCAACUCCCAGGCCAACCUGCUGCGCCACCGGCUGACCCACACGGGCGAGCGCCCCUACCGCUGCGAGAUCUGCCAGAAGGCCUUCACCCAGUCCUCCACCCUGCAGCAGCACCUCUUCGUGCACAGCCGCCACUACCCCUACAAGUGCCAGGAGUGCGGCAUCAACUUCCACCGGCCCUACCGCCUGCUCAUGCACCGCUACCACCACACGGGCGAGUACCCCUACAAGUGCCAGGAGUGUGGGCGCUCCUUCCUGCUCCGGCGCCUGCUGGAUGUGCACCAGCUGAGCCACGCCGGGCGGGAGCCCCAGGUCUGCGCCGGCUGCGGCGCCGCCUUCGUCACGGCCCUGCAGCUCCGCGAGCACAAGUGCGGCAAGGUGAGCCGGCGCUUCGAGUGCCCCACCUGCGGGAAGAAGGUCAGCUCGGCUGCCCGGCUCCGUGCCCACGAGCUCCUCCACGAUGGGGGCGCCGUGGCCGCCCCAGAGGAGGAGGCCCCCGCCCCGCCGCCGCCGCCCCCCCCGCCCCGCCGCGCCGCCUGCCCCAAGAGCUUUGAAUGCGCUGAGUGCAAGAAGUUGUUCAGCACCGAGACCUCGCUGCAGGUUCACCGGCGCAUCCACACUGGGGAGCGGCCCUACCCCUGCCCGGACUGCGGCAAGGCCUUCCGGCAGUCCACCCACCUCAAGGACCACCGGCGCCUGCACACCGGCGAGAAGCCCUUCAAAUGCGAGGAGUGCGGCAAGGCCUUCACCAUCGCCGUGCGGCUGGCCGAGCACCGGCGCAUCCACACCGGCGAGCGCCCCUACCACUGCGCCGACUGCGGCAAGGCCUAUCGCUCCUUCUCCAACCUGUGGAAGCACCGCAAGCUGCACCAGCAGCAGCGCCUGCAGAACGAGCAGGAGGCCCUGGCCGAAGCCGCUGCCGCCGCUGCCAUGGCGGCCACCGCCGCCCCGGACUACGGCAACACCCUGACCAUCAUGGAGACGAUCGAGAUCUACCCCGCUGUGGCUGCCGAGCCCGAGGGCGUCCCGGGCAGCCGCCUGGAGAACGUUCAGCUGGGAGGGGUCUGAGCCGGGAGAAAGGGCCACGGCGUGGACAGAGCCUUCCC